AAGCAGUAAUUUGAUAGUUGCUUGUUCCCGGUGACUGAGCAUCAAGUCUUGACAACUUCAGCCGGCAAAGAUUCUUCCGUUCCCUGCUGAACAUCUCAUGAAGCUUGUUUCUUCGCGACAGUAAAAGGGACUUCAAUUUCGGACAAAUGACAGACAUUUCCUGUAGGAAGACGGUGUGCAGGGACGCAUGAAGCACCUGGGCGCAGUCUAAUUAGAGGAAGCCUCUUUAUUUAUCUCUGCAGUCAGUCAUGGUGCGUUUUUUGUUGCUGUGUCUGGGAAGUCUGCUUCAGUUUGGUCAUGCAACGAUUUACACCAACGACUGGGCGUUAAGAAUAAGAGGGGGUCGUGAGUCUGUCAACAGGAUAGCAGAGAAGUAUGGCUUUACUAAUAUGGGUCAGAUCGGAGACCUGCAGAGUUAUUACAGUUUUCGCCACCACGAGACGGCCAAGAGGUCCAAUGUGUCCAACAACGAGGUGUCUGUUAGCAUUGCCAAGGAGACCGAGGUGGAAUGGCUGCAGCAGCAGGUGGUCCUGAGAAGAGCGAGGAGGAACUCCGGUGCAAGUCACGUCUACUCUAUUACCAUGAAGACCGAACACCUUCCCACUGCUCCUCCUCCGACCAACCACACCCAGACGCUGCACUAUAACGACCCAAUGUGGAGCCGCCUGUGGUACAUUCACUGCAGCGAUGAGUCCAAAGACUGCCAGUCUCGCAUGAACAUCGCAGGGGCCUGGAGGAGGGGGUAUACUGGGAAGGGUGUGGUGGUGUCUGUCCUAGAUGAUGGCAUUGAGAGAGAGCAUCCGGAUCUGAAGCCAAAUUAUGAUCCUCUCGCCAGUUAUGAUGUGAACGGACAAGACGAAGACCCUUCUCCUAAUAAGAAGAACUACCAUGGGACACAGUGUGCAGGGAUGGUUGCCGCAGCUGCAAAUAACUCUCAUUGCACGGUUGGAGUCUCUUUCCACGCACGGAUAGGCGGCAUCCGUAUGCUGGAUGGAGAUGUGACAGACAUUGUGGAGGCCCAAUCACUCAGCUUCAGACCCCAGUAUAUUGAUAUAUACUUAGCUAAUUGGGGGCCAGAAGACGACGGGGUCACUUUGGAGGGACCCGGACCCCUGACUCAUCUUGCUUUACAGAAUGGCAUCAAAACAGGCCGGCACGGGAGGGGCUCCAUUUAUGUCUGGGCGUCUGGGAACGGAGGGCGAAGAGGUGACCACUGCUCCUGUGACGGCUACAGCAGCAGUAUCUAUACUAUCUCUAUGAGCAGCAGCACCCAGCGUGGAAGCAAGCCAGAUUACCUGGAGCGCUGCUCCUCCACACUUGCGACAGCUUACACUGGUGGGGAGACAGAGGAAAUGGUAACGCUGGGUCCACAUCAGAGCUGCACCCGGGCUGAUUCAGACGCCUCUCUCUCCUCCUCCAUGGCUGCAGGAGUUAUCACUCUCACUUUGGACGCCAACCCUUUACUAACCUGGAGGGAUGUGCAGCACAUUAUUGUCCGGACAUCAAAAACUCAUCAUCUUCUUGCUCCUGACUGGAGCGUUAAUGGAGCCGGAUACAAAGUGAGCCACCUGUACGGCUUUGGCCUGCUGGAUGCUGAGAGCAUGGUGAAGGAGGCUGAACGCUGGAAACAAGUCCCCUCACAGCAUGAGUGUGUGGAGGAGGCUCCCAUCCAGCUGAGCAGAACUAUUCAUCCAGGCUCGGCGCUGGCGUCUGUGUAUGAGAGUUCAGGCUGCUCCAGCGAGCCCCUGCAGCACGUUGUUUAUGUGGAGCAUGUCGUUGUCCGUGUAACCAUCACUCACAGGCGACGCGGCGACCUUUCCAUUACGCUCAUGUCACCUUCGGGCACCGUGUCGCAGCUGCUAGCUAACAGGCCUCUCGACGACUCCACCGAGGGAUUUCAAAACUGGGAAUUCAUGACAACUCACAGCUGGGGGGAGCAGGCAGCAGGGGAAUGGACUUUGAAAAUCCAGGAUACUUCCUCUCAGAAGAGAGUCAACAGUGAACUAGGGACGCUAAAGGAGUGGUCCCUGGUGAUUUAUGGCACCGCAGAGCAGCCGUAUCCCAGGCAUCGCGAGCGAGCACGAUCCAUUGAGAUGCCGAUGGAUGACCUAACUGAAGAAUACAGCGGACCCUGCGACCCAGAAUGCAGUGACGAUGGUUGUGAGGGGCCCAGCCCGCAGCAGUGUGUCACGUGUUUACACUUUUUUCUCAAGUUCAAGAACAACACAAGAACGUGUGUAUCAGAGUGUCCCAGGGGAUUCUGGGGCGACCGGCGCCGUUGUAAGAGGUGCUUUUCCUCCUGCGAGAGCUGCAUUGGGAGUCGCAGUGACCAGUGUACCUCCUGUCAACCUGGUCAUCACCUGACUGAGGGGAGCAAUACCUGCACAGCCACCUGCGGGGAUAACUACUACCUCGACCACGAUGCAAAUAUGUGCAGAAAGUGCAGUGAAAAUUGCUUGAAGUGCACCUCCUACAGCAUCUGCACAGAAUGCAAACCAGACACAAGUCUGCAGGGGAAUCGGUGCCAGCGGAGCUGCGCCGCCAGAUUCUACCAUGACAAACAGGAAGGCAAAUGCAUGCAAUGUGACGAGGCCUGCGCUACCUGUGCAGGUUCAGGUGCUGCAGCAUGCAACCGUUGCGCCGAAGGCUACAUGACGGAGGAGUGGAGGUGUGUGUCCUCCUGCAGUGCUGGCUUCUACGCCACAGAGCCAAACCCAGAGAUAGCUGAUGGGCACAGGAUAUGUAGGAGGUGUGACGCCAGCUGUCUCACCUGUGUGGGUCCGAGCCGGGGGGGCUGCAGCAGCUGUUCCAGCGGUCACAGCCUGCAGGAGGGAGCGUGUGUUGUUAACACUGUGUGCACAGACGGAGAGUACCAGGACAGUAACGAGAAGUGCCACGCGUGUGAUGCAACGUGUUUGAAGUGCACAGGGCCGCAAACAGAAGACUGCAUCAGCUGUGUUUCUUCACGGGCUCUGGACGAGGGCCUCUGCGUGGUUGAGUGUGCAAAGGGCAAGUACCAGUCAGAAGGCCGCUGUCACCUGUGUGACCACACCUGUGCCACCUGUGUGGAUGCAGGACCUGCCAACUGUACCAGCUGCGACACUGAUAAGUUUGGACUGGAGCGUUACCUGUAUAAAGGCCUGUGUGUGGAUUCCUGUCCCGAGGCCUUCUUCCACACCAAGGAGAGGAGCUGCGAGCCCUGCUCAGACCACUGCCGGCUCUGCACGAGCCCCACACACUGCCUCAUUUGUAACUCCUCCUACUACGUCUCUGAUGGAGUGUGUGCGAAGCUGGAGUGUGGAGAAGGGGAGGUGGAGGAUCCAGAUUACGACGAGUGCAUGGCCUGUGAGGAGGGCUGCAGGAAGUGUGUCUUGUAUAACCCCAGGCAUUGCCUUUCCUGCACUGAGGGCUUUUACAAUUUUCAGGAUGGCUGCUAUAGAAACUGCCCGGCUAAGACGUACAGCAUGGACGAGGAGAUGACCUGCGUUCCAUGUGACGACAACUGUGUGAGCUGUGAUGAAGAUGAAUGUUACUGGUGUGAGACCGACCUCUUCUUAUCAGAGGGGAGUUGUGUUUCAGUGUGUUCCGAUGGUUUUUAUGCCGAUGAAGACACCAACGUCUGUGAGGAGUGUCACUUGGACUGCGUGACAUGUGACGGGCCGGCGGUCGAUGACUGUCUGUCGUGUGAGGACGGGAAGAUGCUGGAAAACGGAGAGUGUGUGUCCGACCAUGAGGUCUGUCCCAUUAAGACCUUUCGCGGCGAUGAUGGAGAGUGUGAGGAAUGCCACCCGACUUGUGAGACCUGCUCUGGAGAGGAAAAGAACCAGUGUACAAAAUGUGGAAUAGGGCGGUUUCUGACCACGCAGCAAACAUGUGUGUCAAAGUGUCCGGGGGGUUUCUUUGCCAGCCGGCUGAGCAGUGUGUGUGAGGCCUGCCCUUCAGGCUGUUUGCAGUGUGUGGACUCUAAGCACUGCAUCCGCUGUCAGAGCACUCGCAGAGCUCCGUUAUUCCUGCAGCGCGGACAGUGUGUCCAGCAGUGUGUCAGGGGUUAUCCUGCGGGCCAGGUGUGUCGUAGCUGUGCAGCAGGCUGUGCGUCCUGUGAGAAGAACGCCACCCACUGCCUCAGCUGUGAAGAACCUCUCCUUCUACACAAGCACCAGUGUGUGGAGGAGUGUCCUCCAGAGCACACGCUCCGGGACAGGGAGUGCCAACACUGUCCCUCAGCCUGCCAGGAGUGCAACCCGCUCGGCCAGUGCACAGGGUGCGAGGAGUAUCACUUUCUCCAUGAGGGGCUGUGUUUGGUUGACUGUCCUGAGAGGUUCUUUGAGGACAGAGACCAAGGGGAGUGUUUGCAUUGCCACCCUGACUGCGCUUUGUGUGACGGCCCCAACAACAAUGACUGUGAAGCCUGUACGGAUGCUGAGGCCACUCUGCACAAUGGGGCAUGUCUGACCGUCUGCUCCUCUAACACCUAUAGAGACGCCAUAACAGGAGAAUGUGACGACUGUGAUGCAUCUUGUCUAACCUGCUUCGGCCCCCAUGCCGGCUCCUGCACCAGCUGCAGAGAGGAUCAGAGGUUAGACAGCCACGGCCAUUGUGUGCCGUCAGUCAACAACUGCUCGCCUCACCAGUACGCAGGCGAGGACGGGGAAUGCCACCCGUGUCACAAAUACUGCCACCGCUGCUCAGGUCCCAGCAAGACUCACUGCCUCACCUGCAAUCAGAGACAUCUCCUGCUCAAUGGCACCUGUGUGAAUGAAUGCCCCACAGGCUACUACGAGGACGAGUCGGGGCAGAGAUGUGAACCUUGCCACCCUUCCUGCCAGUCCUGCGUUGGAAAGCACAGCCACGAGUGUCUCACCUGUAAAACCCACCUAUUUCGAGAGGGCAAAGAGUGUGUGGAGACCUGUCAGCACAGUCACUAUGGAAACACGGGCUCAAGGAUGUGCGAGAAGUGUGACCCGAGCUGUGGCGAGUGUAUCGGGGGCGGGGAGGACAGCUGCCUGAGCUGCGCUCUUGGUCUCGUCUACUUACGCAAAGAAGGCCGUUGCCUUCCCUCAUGCCCUCAGGGAUACUACCACGACGCCGUGCACAGGACCUGCGAGCUCUGCCUCAAGAGCUGCAGCACAUGCUCCGGAAGAGACACUUGUGACUCUUGCUUCCCUGGAUACCUGCUCUCAGACGGCAUGUGUGAGUCCAUGUGCGACAUCGGCCUGUACCCUUUGAUAAAGGGUUCAGCCCACGUCUGUGAAGACUGUGACAGCUCCUGUAUGGAGUGUCGAGGGCCCGGUCCAGCCAACUGCACCAUGUGUCCUACUCAUGCCAUCUUAGAAGCUGGAGGGCGCUGUCUGCUCUGCUGCCGCCACGAAGAGGAGGUGGAGGAGGCGGCGAUGGCCGCGAUGCAGCAACAGGACUGUUGUAACUGCACUGAGACUCGAGGAGAGUGCGUCCUCAGCACCAACUUGGCGUUCAGGAAUGAGGAGGAAGAGGAGGCCAGAGGUAACCUGGCAAUCUUCAUCGUCGCCUGCAUACUGUUGGUGCUGGGGCUGGUGGCUGUCGUCUUCCUCAUCCGACAUUCCCGGUCCAAGAGAGCGCCCCCAGACAUUACUCCUCGUGGCUACGAGAAACUGGGUUCCGGCGGGGGAUUCGGAGGUGGCAGCAGACACGGCGGCUACAGCUCUGCUUCCUCUGCGUCUUACAGCGGCCGCGCCAGCUCCUCCGGCGGUCGGUUCCAGGAGGCUCAGUUGGUGGACAUCGCUGAACGCCGCUCGGGGAGUAAAGACGAUGACGACGACGAUGAUGAAGAUGAGGACAUUGUUUACAUGGGCCAGGAUGGCACCGUGUACAGGAAGUUCCGGUACGGACAGCUGGGAGAGGACAACGACGACGAGCUGGAGUACGAUGACGAGAGCUACACGUUCCGGUGAAGUGUAAGAAUAUUUCUAAAGAAACAUUUCUCUGCCUCUCCUUUUUCUGUGCUGCUUAUCUCCCCGUGCCCUAAGGGACAGACCCAUUCAUCCUUCACUGAAUAUGAGUCGAACCAAGUGAGACAUUAGAAGCUAUUUAUAAUGAGCAGCAUUUUACAACUAUCCAUUCACAAAAUGUGCUGCAGAAAUAUUCCAUGUUGUUUAUCAUUCUUAAUGACUUUUUACAUAAAUGUACUUGCUUUUCUGGACUUUGUUUGGAGUAUGAUGACUUCCCAGCAUAUAUAACGUUAUUUAUCAUUAUUUACAAGUUUUGACAGUUUAAUUAAUCAUCUUUUUAAUUGUUGUGGUGUUGGAUUAACAUUUUCAAUUUGAUUAAUCAUGGUAUUUCUUAUUAAUUUCUAUAUUCCGC